AUGGUAAUGAAACCUGAAGUGGAACAAGAAUUAGCUCAUGUCUUAUUGACUGAGUUAUUGGCUUAUCAAUUUGCUUCUCCUGUCAGAUGGAUCGAAACUCAAGAUGUCUUCUUGAAAGAUUUCAAAACUGAAAGAGUUGUGGAAAUUGGUCCUUCACCAACUUUAGCUGGUAUGGCUCAAAGAACCAUUAAAAACAAAUAUGAAUCUUAUGACGCUGCUUUAUCUUUACAAAGACAAGUUUUAUGCUAUGGUAAGGAUGCCAGAGAAAUCUACUAUACCCCUGAUCCAUCAGAAUUGGCUGCCGCUGCUGCUACUGGCAAUGCUUCUUCUGAAAGUACUCCAAACGAAGCUGCCGCUCCAGCAGCAGCACCAUCUGCUCCUGUUGCUGCUGCCGCUCCAGUUGCUGCUGCCUCUGGUCCAGUUGCUGAAAUGUCAGAUGAACCUGUUAAGGCUGCUUUGUUAUUACAAGUCUUGGUUGCUCAUAAAUUGAAGAAGCCUUUGGAUGCUAUUCCAAUGUCAAAAACUAUUAAAGAUUUGGUCGGUGGUAAGUCUACUGUACAAAAUGAAAUCUUGGGUGAUUUAGGCAAAGAAUUUGGUAAUACUCCAGAAAAACCAGAAGAAACUCCAUUAGAUGAAUUGGCAGAAACUUUCCAAGAUACUUUCUCUGGUUCAUUAGGUAAACAAUCAAAUUCUUUGAUCUCAAGAUUAAUGUCUUCCAAAAUGCCUGGUGGGUUCACCAUCACUGUUGCUAGAAAAUACUUACAAACUCGUUGGGGUUUACCUUCUAACAGACAAGAUUCUGUCUUAUUAGUUGCUUUAGCCAAUGAACCAGCCUCUCGUUUAGGUUCAGAAAACGAUGCUAAGGCUUUCCUUGAUUCAAUGACUCAAAAAUAUGCUUCCAUAUAUGGUGUCGACUUAUCUUCAUCAUCAAGUGGAUCUUCUGGCGCUGCUGCUGCUGGUGCCACUGCUACUAUCGAUGCUGCUGCUUUUGAUGAAUUAACUAAAGAUCAAAAGGUUUUGGCUCGUCAACAAUUGCAAGUUCUAGCUCGUUAUUUGAAGAUGGAUCUAGAUAGUGGCGAAAGAAAAUUCUUGAAAGAAAAAGAUACUGCCACUCAAUUACAAGUCCAAUUGGAUUAUUUGAAUGCCGAAUUAGGUGAAUUCUUCGUCAACGGUAUUGCUACUUCUUUCUCUAGAAAGAAGGCUAGAAUUUUCGAUUCUUCUUGGAAUUGGGCAAGACAAUCAUUGCUUUCUUUAUACUUUGAAAUUAUCCAUGGUGUAUUGAAAAAUGUUGACAGGGAAGUUGUCACAGAGGCUAUCAAUAUCAUGAACAGAUCAAAUGAAACUUUAAUCAAAUUCAUGGAAUAUCACGUUGGUAACACCGACGUUUCAAAAGGUGAAAACUUUCAAAUGGCGAAGACCUUGGGUGAACAAUUGAUUGAAAACUGUAAACAAGUUAUUGAUAUGGAUCCUGUCUAUAAAGAUAUUUCUAAACCAACUGGUCCAAAGACUGUUAUUGAUAAGAAUGGUAAUAUCGUUUACUCUGAAGAACCAAGAGAAAAAGUCAGAAAAUUGUCUCAAUAUGUACAAGAAAUGGCUAUCGGUGGUCCAUUAACUAAGGAACCUCAACCAACUAUUAAGGACGAUUUAACUCGUGUCUACAAGGCUAUCAGUGCUCAGGCUUCUCAACAAGAUAUUUCUAGCUUGACCGUCUCUGAAUUUGAAAAGUUAUAUGGUGAAUUAAUGAAGUUCUUGAAGAAUUCUGAUGAAAUCGAUUCUUCCCAAACCACCCAAUUAGCCGGUGUCAUCGAUGAUGAUCUAGAUAAAGAUUCAACCAAAGAAGUUGCUUCAUUACCAAACAAGUCGACUAUUUCAAAUACCGUUUCCUCAACUAUUCCAAGAGACACUGUUCCAUUCUUACAUUUGAAAAAGAAAUUACCAAGUGGUGACUGGAAGUAUGAUCGUCAAUUAACAACAAUGUUCUUAGAUGGUUUAGAAAGAGCAUCCAUUAAUGGUGUCACUUUUAAAGACAAAUAUGUUUUAAUUACUGGUGCUGGUCAAGGUUCCAUUGGUGCUGAGGUUUUGCAAGGUUUAUUACAAGGUGGUGCUAAUGUUAUAGUAACUACUUCCCGUUUCUCAAAGAAAGUCACAGACUACUAUCAAUCUAUUUAUGCCAAAUAUGGUGCUAAAUCUUCUACCUUAUUAGUCGUUCCAUUUAAUCAAGGUUCUAAACAAGAUGUCGAAGCUUUGAUUGAUUACAUUUACGAUGAUGAAAAGAAUGGUGGUUUAGGCUGGGAUUUGGAUGCUAUUAUCCCAUUUGCUGCCAUCCCAGAAAAUGGUAUUGAAUUAGAUAACAUUGACUCCAAAUCAGAAUUCGCUCACAGAAUUAUGUUAACCAAUAUCUUGAGAUUGAUGGGAUGUGUUAAGAAGCAAAAAUCUUCUAGAGGUAUUGAAACCAGACCAGCUCAAGUUAUUUUACCAUUAUCUCCUAACCACGGUACUUUUGGUGGGGAUGGUUUAUACUCUGAAUCUAAAUUAUCUUUGGAAACCUUAUUUAAUAGAUGGCACUCAGAAUCCUGGUCAGAUCAAUUGACUAUUUGUGGUGCUAUUAUUGGUUGGACCAGAGGUACUGGUUUAAUGAGCGCUAACAACAUUAUUGCUGAAGGUAUUGAAAAAAUGGGUGUCCGUACAUUUUCUCAAAAGGAAAUGGCCUUUAACUUAUUAGGUCUAUUAAUCCCAGAAGUUGUUCAAUUGUGCCAAAAAUCACCUGUCGUUGCUGAUUUGAACGGUGGUUUGCAAUUCUUGACUAAUUUGAAGGAAUUCACCGCUAAGUUACGUAGUGAUUUAACUGAAACCUCAGAAGUCAGAAAAGCUGUUUCCAUUGAAACUGCUUUGGAACACAAGGUUGUUAGUGGUGAUAAUGCCGAUGCUGCAUACGCUAAAGUAGAAAUUCAACCAAGGGCUAACAUUCAAAUGAAUUUCCCUGAAUUAAAAACAUACGAAGAAGUUAAGAAGAUUUCUUCAUCUGAAUUGGAAGGUUUGUUAGAUUUGGAAAGAGUCAUUGUUGUUACUGGUUUUGCUGAAGUUGGUCCAUGGGGUUCUUCAAGAACCAGAUGGGAAAUGGAAGCAAAUGGUGAAUUUUCCUUGGAAGGUUGUAUUGAAAUGGCCUGGAUUAUGGGUUUAAUUAAAUACCAUAACGGUAACUUGAAAGGUAGACCAUACACUGGUUGGGUAGACGCCAAAACCAAUGAACCUAUUGAUGAUAAGGAUGUUAAGCCAAAAUUCGAAAGUCACAUUUUGGAACAUGCUGGUAUAAGAUUAAUCGAACCUGAGUUGUUUAACGGCUAUAACCCAGAGAAGAAACAAAUGAUCCAAGAAGUUGUUGUUCAAGAAGACUUGGAACCAUUUGAAGCAUCCAAGGAAACUGCCGAACAGUUUAAACACGAACAUGGUGACAAGGUUGAUGUAUUUGAAAUUGCUGAAACCGGUGAAUAUUCCGUUAAAUUAUUGAAGGGUGCUACCUUAUACAUACCAAAGGCAUUGAGAUUUGACCGUUUGGUUGCUGGUCAAGUUCCAUCUGGUUGGAAUGCCAAAACAUAUGGUAUCAGCGAAGAUACUAUUAACCAAGUUGAUCCAUUGACUUUGUAUGUCUUAGUCUCCGUUGCUGAAGCAUUCAUCGCCUCUGGUAUUACUGAUCCAUAUGAAAUGUACAAAUAUGUCCACGUUUCUGAAGUUGGUAACUGUUCUGGUUCUGGUAUGGGUGGUGUUUCUGCUCUGCGUGGUAUGUUCAAAGAUCGUUACAAAGAUAUUCCAGUCCAAAACGACAUUUUACAAGAAUCCUUCAUUAAUACCAUGUCUGCUUGGGUUAAUAUGUUGAUGAUCUCAUCUUCCGGUCCUAUCAAGACACCUGUCGGUGCUUGUGCCACUGCCGUUGAAUCUGUUGAUAUCGGUGUUGAAACUAUUUUAGGUGGUGAAGCUAAGAUCUGUAUUGUUGGUGGUUAUGAUGAUUUCCAAGAAGAAGGAUCUUAUGAAUUCGGUAACAUGAAGGCUACCUCCAACACUUUAGAAGAAUUUGAACAUGGCCGUACCCCAGCUGAAAUGUCUAGACCUACCACUACAUCUCGUAACGGUUUCAUGGAAGCACAAGGUGCCGGUAUUCAAAUCAUUAUGCAAGCUGACUUAGCUUUGAAAAUGGGUGUUCCAAUUUAUGGUAUUGUUGCAAUGAGUGCUACUGCUACUGAUAAGAUCGGUAGAUCUGUCCCAGCUCCAGGUAAAGGUAUUUUGACUACUGCCAGAGAAUAUCACGGUUCUUUGAAAUUUAAAUCUCCUAUUAUGGAUAUCAAAUACAGAAAACGUCAAUUCAAGUUGCGUGAGUCCCAAAUUAAGGAAUGGAUUGAAACUGAAAUUGAUAUGUUGAAGUAUGAAGCUGAAGAAAUUUCAGCUGAAGAACGUCAUGAUUUCAUUUCCGAACGUACUGAAGAAAUUAAGCGUGAAGCUAGUAGACAAAUCAAAUCUGCUCAAUCUCAAUGGGGUAAUGAAUUCUUCAAACAUGAUCCACGUAUUGCUCCAUUAAGAGGUGCUUUAGCCGCCUUUGGUUUGACAAUUGAUGACUUAGAUGUUGCCUCCUUCCAUGGUACCUCAACUAAGGCCAAUGAUAAGAACGAAUCUGCUACAAUUAACAAAAUGAUGAAACAUUUGGGAAGAUCUGAAGGUAAUCCAGUGAUAGGUGUUUUCCAAAAGUAUUUGACUGGUCAUCCAAAAGGUGCCGCUGGUGCUUGGAUGUUGAAUGGUGCUUUACAAAUUUUAAAUACUGGUAUUGUUCCAGGUAACCGUAAUGCUGAUAAUAUUGAUAAGGUAUUGGAAGAAUUUGACUAUGUCUUAUUCCCAUCUAAAUCUUUGAAGACAAGUGGUAUCAAAGCUGUCUCUGUCACAUCAUUUGGUUUCGGUCAAAAAGGUGGUCAAGCUAUUGUGGUUCAUCCAGAUUACUUGUAUGGUGCUAUAUCUGAGGAAAUGUACAACAAUUAUAAAUCAAGAGUUUUAUGCAGAGAAAGAUCUGCUUCCAAGUUUUUCCACGAUGGUAUGAUCCAUAACAGAUUAUUCAUGAGUAAAGAACAUCCACCAUAUGCAGAUGAACUAGAACAACCAGUUUAUUUGGAUCCAUUAGCUCGUGCUAGUAAAUGUUCCAAGACCGGUGAAUUAAUCUUUAAACAGAAAGAAAUUCAAGAUGAUCAUAGUUAUAUAAAUAAGAAGGAUCACGAAACUGGUAGAGUUAUCAACAAAUUGGUAGAAAAUGUUAUGAGUGGUUCCAAAGAGGGAAAACAAAAUGUUGGCGUCGACGUUGAAUUAAUCAGUGCCAUAAAUAUUGAAAACGAGACUUUUAUCGAACGUAACUUUACAGAAUCAGAAAUUGAAUAUUGUCGUAAGCAAGCUAGUGUUCAAAGUUCAUUUACCGGAACAUGGUCUGCCAAGGAAGCCGUUUUCAAGAGUUUGGGAACUAAAUCUCAAGGAGGCGGCGCACCACUGAAGGAAAUUGAAAUCUUACGUGGACAAGGAGAAGGUCCAAAAGUUAGAUUACAUGGCGAUGCCAAGAAAGCUGCUGAAGUGGCUAAAAUUACUGAAAUCAGUGUUUCCAUUUCCCACGACGAUUUCCAAGCAGUUGCAGUGGCUAUCAGCAAAUGA